GCGUUCCCACGGGGUCCUAUCGCGGCCCCGGUUGCCAAGGUGACCUAGGCAUACUUUUGUUUAGGCUUUACCAGGGGCCUAUGCGCUGGAUGUGAUUGCUGUAUGACCAUGGGACGGGAGGGGAAUUGGGACAAUGGAUGGAGGAAAGGGAAGCUGGGGUGCAUAUCUGAUAGAACAGGUAACUGGGUGUCCCUGCAGGAAGAAGGAAGUUGUCUUGCUGCCGUUCCGACCGGGACCCCCAAAGGCCGCCCAGUGCAACCAAGUUCUCACUCUUUCGGGCAUCUGCCACCUUCUCCGCCGCUCUUUUCUCAGCCUGCAGCAGCUGCUGGAUGCCCUGGGAUUGACUGGCCAUCUCUUCUGCCCAAGAGCCAGCAUGAGUUCUUCCUCUCGACAACGACAUAGGGAGAGACGUUUCAGAAAAUAUCUGUCUGCUGGACGGCUGAGCAAGGCUAAGUCCCUCUUUCAACGCCACCCAAAGCUGAAUAUAGAUGCUGGAGAACCACCACCACUCCAUCGAGCCUGUGCCCGUAAAGAUGCCCCUGCCUUUCAACUGCUACUCCAUCUUGGGGCUGACCCCACUCACCAGGACUGCCAUGGGAAUACUGCCCUGCAUGCUGCUGCCCAACAGGGUCCUAGUGCCUACAAGGACUUCUUCGUGCCUCUGAUGACACAGUAUCCCACUGCCAUGAAGAUGAAAAACAAGCAAGGAGAGACCCCUGGGGAGCUUCUGGGCUGGGAAAUGUCCCCAGAGUCAUCUUUAAAAGUUGAGGAAGAAAAAGAAAAGGCUGACAAAGAAAAAAAAUGGAGGCAAAAACUUCAGGAGGAGCUGGAGGAUGAGUGUCAAGAGAUGCUGGGGAGGUUUGAGGAUGAUGAGGACACCCCAGAGCCUGAGUCUUUCUCCGCCUGGUCUGAACGCCUGGCCCGAGAACAUGCUCAGAAACAACAACAGCAACAAGCAACAGAAAGAGCCCAGCAUCCAAAAUGUUCAUCCACCUCAUACCACAGCUGGCAACAGCAGGAGAAGGAGCGUUGUCUCUUCCAAGAGCGUGCUCGGACAAAGGAAAAAGAAUUGAGAGAAAGCCGAGCCAAGAAGGCCCAGGAAAGAGGGCAUUGUUGGGGAGACCCCACUAAAAUAAAGCUAUGGGGAGACUUCACCAAGGGCGGGGACAGACUCUGGUGCUUUGGAGAUAUACCCUGGCCCUGCCUUGGAGAGAGGGACCCUGAGGCAAUGGCAGAAGCCCUGGUGGCCAAGGGCCCCCCAUCCACAGAUAGGAGAGCCCUAAAAAGAUACUUGAGGACCCAGCAGGUUAAAUGGCAUCCUGACCGAUUCCUACAGAGAUUUGGGGGCCAAAUUGAAAGUAGGGAAAGAGAAAAAGUAAUGGAAAUUGUUACAGCUUUGUCCCAGGCCCUUAAUCGCCAUGCAGAAAACCUGAAAUGACCCAGAGAAAAAACACAGAGACUUGGCCCAUGUUUUUUUUUUUUCAAAGAUCAUUAUUUUAUUAUCUAUUCUUCAGGUAUUGUCUCAGAAACAAUCUAAUUACAAAAAUUUGGAAUGUUGAAUAAAUGCUGAUUGAUAAAAGAAAA